UCUCUAUGAGUCAACAGUGAGUACAUCAGCAGAUAAGGCCAGCGAGUGGCUAGAGUCGCACAGAGCAGCCAUCGAUUUGUUGAGGCAUUAAGUCUAAUGGAUGAGCAACACGCGGAGGGUUGUCUGCGCUGGACAUCGGAAAGCUACUGGAGGAAGCACAAGUCAGGCAUCAGUUUCACAGCCAGACAAAAAUUUUACACACAAAAGACUAGAGCACUUGGCAGCAUCCAUAUAUCCCAAAUCCCAAAGACAAAAUGACAUCACCAAUAAAAAUGGCAAACAUCACGCUGGAAUGGGUUCAGACUCUGCAGAGGUGGCAUCUACAGCUGUUCCUCAUCCCCACUGCCCUUGUCACCCUGGCCACCUUGCUGACCAGCCCUGUCCUAAUGGCGUGCAUCUGUCUGUCCCGCGCUUUGCGUCAGGAGACCCGCUACCUGUUGGUGGCCAACACCCUGGCAGCAGAUUUGAUCUUCCUCAUCCUUAACCUGACGAAAGUGUUGUGUAAUACCUUGACAGCGGAGAUGCCCUGGCGCCUUUGUGAGCUGCUCACAGCUGUCACUGUCACCACCCAUAGCUGUGCCAUUCUCACCGUCACCCUCAUGGUAGCAGACACCUUUGCGGCAGUACGCUGGCCUCUCCAUUACCGUGAACUGCUGCCGCCUGCACGCACCCACUGCAUUCUGCUGGUGGUGUGGGCGGUGGCAGCCCUGUACCCCUUUUCCCUGGUGAUUAUGAUGGAGGUGGGGAGGGAGAGCCCCCCUGAAAAGAUGUCUGUGUGUCUGGUCCUCAUUUCCCUCGGCUUCAUAGAGGCCAAGAACACAGUUGGGGUCCACAUUUACUUCUUCGUAGCAGCAACAGUCUGCAUCUUGCUUAUUUUGUACUGCUACAUACGGCUCUACAUGGUGACUAAGACCCAUGGUAUCUGGCAAAGGCGUUUCUCCAGAGCCCGGGUCACGUUACUGGCCCACGGCGUCCUGCUCCUGCUCUACUUCGCCCCGGGCGCGCUCUUCACUGUGGAGCUCUACCUGUUAAAGACUGAUGGCAUUGGUCAGGACGUCCAUGUGUGGAUCAACACAGUCAAUAUGUGUAUUUUCAUGUUGUUGCCCAGGCUGUUUGCUCCUUUCCUGUAUGGCAUGAGGUACAGGGAAAUCUCUGAUACCCUGCUGCAACUGCUACACCGACACAGGCAACUCAGUCAGGUCACAGUGCCUUAAAAGACACACUGGAGCAGCCUGUCACUCACAUGCACUGAUCUUUGAGAUAAAAACUUACAUUUCAGCUUGACCAAAUAAUUUACAUGAAAUCCAAAGCUCUUGUGAUUUGCAUAUUUCAGUUGUAUGCAUAUUAUCCAAGUUGCACUCCUACAAUGAAGAGGAAAUUGCCUUUUCCCAUGUUGUUUUUCAUGAGGUUUGUUGUUUAAUAUUGCAUGCCUUACGGCUAUUGUAAGAUAUAAUUGUUUAUGUAAAGACGUCACUUGAGUUAUUUUCAUAUGCACUGUAUUUUUUAGUGGUUUUAUUUAAAGAAAAAUAAUUUAAAAAAGGUCACUUGAGUUCUUUGUCGGCUUUUUUUAAGGGGGCCUUGUUACUGGUUACUGUUGUAUGGGUCCAAAUGCAAAUAAUAUCCUGAAUUCUGUUGCUGUCCAAGCUUUUGUCUACCUGAUUCUUGUCUUGAGCGGUCAUUAAAACCAAAAUAGAUAUGUCAAAUAAACUCUACCA